AUGCAUUCCACAACUUCUCCUCCCGACCCUACCACACUCGCUGAAAAUAAUCAACAUUCUUCAUCAUCAAACGAAGACGUAGUAUCGCACUCUUUCAAUAACACUGCAGAAUCUUCGUCAUACCCCCACAACAAAAGGCAUUCGACCGAAUACGAACUACAAGACCUACCUACCAGACACACUGUACUCGACAUACGCGACGAAGACUCCAAUCUCUCCGAUCUCUCCACAAGCGACGCUGACGAACGCGAAAACGCCGGACUGCUGGAAGGAAGCUCUGAAUUGUCACGCCGAAAACAGAUGAAGCGCAGGACUGUUGAGAAAUCAUCUAAACGGGGGCCAGCUUCGAGCCUGACAAUAGAAACGGGCCAGAACGGCCACGCGGACGGCGAUAUGAAUUCCCGUCUAGAAAUGCGGAGGAAAGAUCCCUCCGUUGAUUCUCCUUCCUCUGCGCAACACGCCAGCAGGGUCAUGGCUCGGGAGGGCUUCACGUUAGAUGACACACCGCCGGCAAUGCCUGGUACUCCGAGACUGCAGAAUACGAGUUUCUUUGCGCUACCGGAACAGGACCGGAGGAAUUUCUUGCUGCUGGUGCUAUUAUACUUCUUGCAGGGCAUUCCCAUGGGCUUAGCGAUGGGAUCGGUUCCAUUCCUUCUCAAACCACAUAUCUCCUACGGCCAAAUCGGUGUCUUCUCUCUGGCGUCGUACCCGUAUUCCCUGAAAUUGUUCUGGAGUCCCAUUGUGGAUGCAGUCUGGAGCAGACGGCUCGGUCGACGCAAGAGCUGGAUCACUCCUGUUCAACUACUUUCCGGUCUCGCGAUGCUUUAUCUAGCUGGCCGCGUCGAGGCGAUGUUGAACUCGGCCGGUGAGAGCGACUCCAAUGUGUGGACUUUUACUAAAUGGUGGUUUUUUCUUGUUUUCUUAUGCGCAACACAAGAUAUCGCGGUUGACGGCUGGGCACUUACACUCAUUUCUCCCCAAAACAUUUCAUACGCCUCUACGGCUCAGACCGUGGGUCUUACUGCUGGUCAUUUCCUUUCUUAUACUGUAUUUCUUGCUCUCAACUCUCCCGACUUCGCCAACCGAUGGUUCCGAUCCGCAGCCAACGCCGAUCCAAAGAAUGGUCUCCUAUCACUUAGUGGAUAUAUGGCAUUUGCCGGAUGGUCAUACAUUGUUGUAACCUUCUUACUGUUCUUCUUGAAAAAGGAAGAACGUACCAAGGACAAAGACGGCAUCAUGGAUGUGUAUCGCAGCAUGUGGAGUGUACUGAAACUCAAAAACAUCCAAAUGAUCAUCGUUCUCCAUUUAAUUGCCAAGAUUGGCUUUCAAGCAAACGAGGCUGUUACCAGUCUCAAGCUCAUCGACAAGGGCUUUGGACAAGAUAACAUGGCCCUUGUCGUGCUAAUUGACUUCCCAUUCGAGAUUGCUCUGGGUUACUAUGCGGGUCAAUGGUCAACCGAAUACACACCAAUGCGAUUAUGGUGCUGGGCUUUUGUUGGCCGCCUCGCUGCCGCGAUAUUCGCUCAGCUUACCGUCAUGAUAUAUCCCGCUGCAUCAGCUGUGCCGUUCUGGUAUAUACUAGUUGUCAUAGCUGAACACAUCCUGUCGACGUUUAUGAAUACCGUCAUGUUUGUCGCGGUAUCCGCGUUCCAUGCACGUAUAUCCGAUCCGGCCAUUGGUGGGACUUAUAUGACCUUGCUAGCAACUGUCUCCAACCUCGGAGGAACAUUCCCCAAAUUCUUCAUUCUCAAAAUGGUCGACAUGUUCACCUCAGCCACCUGCGUACCACCAACCACAACCCCCGACCCAUCAACCUUGAAAGGCGACCUCAUCACCUCAGCAUUCUCCUGCGCCCUCGAAGCAGACAAGAGCCGGUGUCAAGCCGGCGGUGGGCAAUGCGUAGUCGAGCAGGACGGGUAUUACAUCACGAACUUGCUCUGUGUGAUUAUCGGCGCUGUCACGUUUUACAUCUAUAUACGACCGACGGCACUUAAAUUGCAGGCUUUGCCAUUACGUGCUUGGAGGGUUGUGAAUGGUUCCGGGAAUGAUAGGUAA